GCAAAAGAUCAUUACCCGAUAUUCGAAUCUUUGUUCAAUUCGAAUCAAUGGCUUCAAAAUUUAUAAAUUUGGUCGUUUCGCUAAUUUGUUCGUUUCGUUGUAAUGGAGUAUCGGGACACGGUUACAUGAUCUCGCCACCCAACAGAGCUUCAUUAUGGAGAAUCGAUGGGACGCAACCUACAAAUUAUGAUGAUAAUGGAUAUUUUUGCGGCGGUAGAUAUGUCCAAUAUGAAAUAAACCAGGGUAAAUGUGGACCCUGUGGGGAUGAUUGGAGAGAUCCCAUACCCAGAAGUAACGAAAAUGGUGGCACCUUUGGGAAUGGAAUAAUUGUAGCAAACUACACAGCAGGUCAAGUUAUCGAAGUCAAAUCGCUUAUCACGGCAAACCAUUUGGGAGCACUUUACUUUUCAUUGUGCAAACUCUGGCAUCCAAAACUGCCUGAUUACGAGCAAUGCUUCAAACCACUGUUUCUAGCCGAUGGAACAGAUUCUCAUGAAAUUCGAAGCAAUGAUUUUGAAGUUAGCGCCUAUGUUAAGCUACCAGAAAAUUUUAACUGCGAUCGAUGUGUACUCAGAUGGCAUUACCGAACAGGAAACAGUUGGGGCAGAUGUGACGAUAAUAGCGAAGCCCUCGGAUGUGGGGAUCAGGAAAUUUUCCGGAACUGCGCAGACAUUGCAAUACACAAAACAAAAGAUCGAAAACUAAGUGACUAAUUAUGCAGCAUUUGUCGGGCAACAAAACUGAAAAUAUUCGAAUAUUCGAAAUAUUAAAUUAUUUAUAACUUUAAAUUUAGAAAAUACCUUUAAGUAUGAGGUAAUAUUUAUUGUAGAUAGGUAAUAAUCAUAAUAAUAAAUGCCUUUUUACGAUUUUUUAUGUUUAUGAAACAAAUGUGAGAAUGUAAAAAAUAAAUUUUGUC